AUGGGGCUGUUUUUUACUUGUGAUCAGUUUUUGAUGCUGAUGGCUUUGAUCACUGUCUGCACUUUAUCAGAUUGUUAUGAUCCUUUGGAUCCCAAUGGGAACAUUACAGUUACUUUUGACAUUAAUCAAUGGAUACCAGAAGGCUAUCUGGCAAGGGUAACACUUCAAAAUUACUAUCAAUAUCGCCAUGUUGAUAAACCUGGUUGGACAUUGGGUUGGACAUGGGCUAAUGAGGAGAUAAUCUUGUCUAUGUCCGGUGCUUUCGCGACCAAACAAGGGAACUGUUCGUCUUUCAAGUCCCAAACCACGCCGCAUUCUUGCGAGAAAAGCCCCGCCGUUGCUGAUCUUAUGCCGGAUGCCUUAGCAGAAACCAGGACAGAUGAUUGUUGUCAUGGUGGUCUUCUUUCUGCUUGGGCUAUCAAACCUUCUGAGUCAUUUUCAUCAUUCGAAAUGACUAUCGGAAACUUGGGGACGAAUCCGAAAGUGCAAGCACCGAUCAAUCUUACUUUAAUGGCUCCUGGUCCUGGUUAUACUUGUAGCUCAAUUGAAGAAGCUGAUCCCACAGCUUAUUCUGAUAAUGGGGGUAAAAGACAACUCCAAGCAUAUAGAACAUGGAAAUCAACAUGCACUUAUUCCAGCUUUGUUGCCAAUCAAGCACCUGUAUGCUGUGUUUCACUCUCAACGUUUUACAAUCCCAAGAUCACAUUUUGCCCUGAUUGCAGCUGUGGAUGCAGAGAAGCAGAUAAAAACACAGUUUCAUGCAUAAGAGAAGGUUAUGAUGAUCCGGGAUCGGAUUCAUUUGAUAAUCAAGAUAUAGUGCAAUGCACCGAUCAUAUGUGCCCGGUUCGAAUUCACUGGCAUGUUAUGAAGAACUACUUUACACACUGGAAAGUAAAGCUGACCAUCUCAAACUACAAUUACAAAAGAAACUACACAAACUGGAAUGUGCUAAUUCAGCAUCCUGGAUUCAGUCAGAGUACAACAGCCUAUAGCUUUAACAGUACAAUGCUUCCCUCUUUUGGACUCUCAGAUGAGGUUGCUCUAUUUUGGGGAAUUGAGUACUAUAAUGAGGAGCUAAGCAGUGCUGAUAAAGAUGAACCUGGUGCAGUAUCCACACAGAUUUUACUGAGGAAGGAUUUGGAUUCCUUUACACUUGGGAAUGGAUGGGCGUUACCUCGAAGAGUGUAUUUCAAUGGUGAAAACUGUCAAAUGCCUCUUCCAGACACUUUCCCCAUGCUACCAAAUGACUGCUCCAGCUUGAAACCUACCAACCCAGUUUUUCUUCUUUUCAUCUAUCUGACUUUCAAGACAUUUGAUAUCUGGCUUUCAUAA